AUGUGUUUAACAGGCUACAAUUCAGUUAUGGGUGGUACUUCACAUGUGUACAAGGAUUUGGUGUAUCUAUUUCUGAUUUAUCUUCAAGGCUUUACCACCAAGAAAAUGGUGAACCCAUGGAAGACUUAUGUGAAGCUAUCUGCUGUGCUUAUAGGCUCUCAUGGACUCACCAAAGGCUCCUUGGCUUUUCUCAACUACCCUGCACAGCUAAUGUUCAAAUCAGCAAAGGUUUUGCCUGUGAUGAUAAUGGGAGCCUUCAUACCAGGUUUGAGGCGGAAGUAUCCACCUCAUGAGUACGUUUCUGCAAUCCUUCUGGUGGUGGGUCUGAUCCUAUUCACCUUAGCGGAUGCACAAACGUCUCCCAACUUCAGCGUGAUUGGUGUGGUGAUGGUAUCGGGUGCUCUAGUCAUGGAUUCGUUUUUGGGUAAUUUGCAAGAAGCAAUAUUUACCAUGAAUCCUGAAACCACACAGAUGGAGAUGCUGUUUUGCUCUACAGUAGUUAGUCUACCUUUCUUGGUGCCACCAAUGAUUUUGACAGGAGAAUUAUUCAAAGCGUGGAGUUCAUGUUCUCAGGUUAUGGAGAGCACCUGUGGAUUCCACUUACUCCUAGAAUGGUAGACAUGCUCAGUGAAUAAGCUAAAGUAAACAAAGCAGGCCCUGAGCCUUUGUUCUCUGUUAAUUAUAUGCAGCAUCUCAGCAAGAAAAAUUUCUGUUCUAGGACACUUUAGGAUGCCGGAAAGGGAUCACUAUCACAUUUGCUUUAGUUAUAGGCAUGGUUAAUGUGCAAUGGACACGUUUUAUGGACAAGUUUAUAUUUUUUGGGUUUAUGUAUU